GUUAGGAUGCUGAAUGAAAGUUUUUUCCCUAUUUCUUCUUAAUAGGGAAAAUUGAGAAAGAGGUUCUGCCAAGAUGUCAGGAGGCAUAGCCGAUGGUACCGGGAAGGUCCUGACGAUCGACGAUUUGGUCGAGGCCUUAGACAGGCGUGAAAAGUCUCAGAACAAUGUUCCCAAGGUCGAUACCUUCCAUUUCAAUGGGGAACGAGUCUCUGAUUGGCUUCACUUGGUAGAGCAAGCGAUAGUGGGGCUGUCUGAUGCGGUAAAGUUUCAGCGGAUUUUAAAGUAUGUGCUCCAUGGUCAUCAUCAGGAGGUGGAGAAAGUGGUGAAUGCCGCUAAUGGCAGUUGGGCCAGGUUUAAAGAUGGGAUGCAAAGGAAGUACAGACUGGGCAACGACUUGUUAACAAUUGCAGACCUAGUGGCAAUGAACAGGGACGAUUUCACCACUGUGGGAGCCUUUGUGCAAGAAUUUAAGAAGGCGGCGAGGAAGGUCUCUGGAAUUUCUGAGGAGGCACAAUGUGCUAUCUUCCUCGAAUUGCUCACUGCCUCGGAGGCGUCAGAGUUGACGAGCCAUGGAGGGGGAAGUGUGAAGCUCACUUGGGCAACUAUCGAUAAAGGGGUCGAGGAAGGAAGUUUGGACCAGGUGGAACAACAUCAGAUGCGCCUGCAAAGGCGAAAGAGAAAAGAACGGGAUGCGACCGCUUCAAGGACCCCGGGAGUAAAGAGGAUUGUCACCGACGUGCUUGCGGAGUUGGGCUAUGGAAAAGACGAGGUGAUACAAAAGAAAGUAGUGACACCAAUCCAAGGAAAAGGGAAAGUUCCGGUGAUAAAGGAAGACGUCCAAGAAGAGUGGGAAGAGGAGGAGCCGGUGCCCCAACACCUCUCGAAGGCGCUACGUAAACAGCGCAAUCUGACGCAGGGGGGGCGAGGCUCAGGAAAGGGGCAGGCGCCCCAAGCAGUGGUAAUAGCAUCGCCAAAUGCGUCGGGACCCUCGCAAGCGGCAGUACCACCAUUCGGGCAGUGGCCAUUGCCUGUGUUCAGCACUUUUGUGCCAUGGGGAAGCCCGACCGCAUCUGGGCAGAUGAUACCUUACGCAGGGCCCCAAAUGAGUAUGCCACCACCAAGUUACCCAGCGGCACAGGCCCAGCCCAUGGUACCACCUCCGUCGCCCGCGCCGAGUUCACAAGGUAGCGUGGCAGGAGGGGGAGACCAGGGUCAGAGUAACCCAGGGAAUGGAGGGAGAGGUGGCGGAAGAGGGCGUGGUAGAAAUGGCAGAGGACGAGGGGGAGGGCGCUGGGAUAACCAAGGCUACCAAGGCCAAGGGAAUCAAAGGGGUCAGGGGGAGGAAGACAGGAGGGCCGAACAAAGGGCAAGGAAAAGGGGAUCCCAAGAAGAAGCUGAACCGGAGUUGCGUGAUAUAACGCCAAAGAAGAAUAAAUAUGCGGUCCGGCUUGAGGAAGGGUUUGAUGUGGAGAGAGUGAUCGACAGGCUGCUUGAGGGCCAUAAUGAUCUUAUGACCCUGAAGGAGAUUUUGACAUCUGUCCCAAGGCUCCGUAAUGAGCUGAAAGGCAGGUUUUCAAGGCGUUUGGUACCAAGUGUCCAUCUUAGUGUGAUCCUGCCAAAAGAGGCAGAAUGGGCGGAGCCGGGAACAAAAAUGGACUGGAAAUGUGUGGCCUGUGGCAUGGUGGAUUUGGUGGUAAAGGGUACGAAGUGCGCAACCAUGGUGGACACGGGUGUCGAGAUGAACAUCAUCAAGGAGGCUAACGCACUUAGGUUUGGACUGGAGAUUGACAACUCAGAUUGCGGCAUUUUGCACGGGGCAAAUUGCAAGGCUGUAUUCUGCGGGACGGCGUCGAACGUGCUUAUAGAGAUUGGGAGGGUAAAGGUCAGUACAUGCUUUUUCGCUAUGCCUGAUGUGGAUCAUGCCAUCCUCCUGGGAAGGUCUUUCCUGCGCAGGACGGAGACCCUAAUGUUCAAUAAACAUGAUGGGUCGCUGAUCCUGGUUCUAUGUGAUCCAACGUGUGGGAAUUACGAGAUAAUUACUUGCCGAAACACCGGACCACGGAGCAUAAGGAACAGGCCUAACCUUAGUUCCUUCACUAUUGAAGAGUCGGAGGAUGAGCGUCGGAGACUCCUGGCGGAGCCUGAAGGAGAAGUAAGGGAGGAAGCGUUUUCACUCAGCCUGUCGGAUGUGAACAAGGCCAUGGAUAUAGUGGCCACACAUGAAAUGGCGGAUCCAUACGACAUUCAAGCGUUGAGGGAACAAGUCCUGGAAUGUCCCCAAGCAGGGGAGAUGGAACCUAAUGGGACGUUGAGAUGGGUGCAGGAUUUGCAAAGGCUUAAUGCUGUGACUGUGCGAGAUGCAGGAGGCUUGCCGAAUGGGGAUGCGCUGUCUGACUUUGCGAAGACAGCCAUGCCAAGGGGAGGGAGGGAGACGCGGCCGCCACGGAGGCCAUUAGGAGCAUCAGGAGGUUAUGAGCGGCAUGGGUCUCACCAUCGGGAGGGCACGCCCGUAUACAAUGACGGGGAUAUAGAGCUAUUUUUGGAUGACUUUCGGGGCGAGUCUCCCCAACACGCGAGAGAGGAGGUGGCGCCAUCCGGAGGAUCAUUGCAGGAAUUGGAGGCGCACCUUGAUGUGUCACAGUGGAGAGUGCCUCAGGCGGGGAAGGGGCAUGAUGAGCCGACUGGAGAUAUGCCACAAGAGGAGGUCCAUCAGCCUAGGCGGGAGACAAGGCAGAGUGCCGAGAGAGGUGCUAUAGAGGAGGUGAUAGAGGUUGAGGAGGACACUCCCCCUCAGGCGCAUGCUGCAGAGUUGGGGCCAGAGAUCGUAUCAGAGAUCGCCCGUGAGGAGGAGGCUAGACAGGAGGAGAUUCCGUCCCCGCCACCAGAGGCAAUCCUGUCACCGGGAGUGAGGGUGGAGAUGGACCAAGAACAGACUGACUGGAGGAGAGAGGCCGUCCCCACGAUUGAUAGGUAUCUAGCAGCGCAUGCCCUGGAGCACCCUGACAUCGAGGAGCCUGUACCUAUGGAGCCACCCCGAGAGCCGCGCCAGCCAGAGGGAGAGAUGGGAGUUGAGAUUCCGGGGAGAGCGGACCAUCGUACGAGAGGGAGUACCAGCAGGGGAGACAGCCGAGGAGAAACGGACCAGAGUUGGGAAGCGCUUGGAGGAAAUCUGGCAGGAAAGGCAGAGAUUAGAGGCAGCAGGGGCACUCCCAGAUCAGCCACCACUGCCUAAGCCAUGUGGAAUCAAGGAGAUGUGGGACG